CUCGGGCUGGGAGCGAGCGAGGCUGCCGCUGCGGCAGGGGAAGGAGCGCGCCUUUUCGGCUCUGCUGUCCCCGGUCUCAAGCACGCCAGGGACCGGGACCGCCGGCUCUGGAGGGUGCCACGCACACCCGGGCGCUUCCCCGGCCCGGCGGAACAAGACAGGCCGCGCCUGUUCCCGCCCGGACUUGCACCGCUGAGCACCGGGCCCCGCCGCAGCGCUUCCCGGGGCACCGGAAGUCGCCUCAGCGAGGAGGCUCGGAGCCGUGCUAGCUGCGGAGGUCGGGGGCUGGAGCGGCAGCAGCCGGGCCUUGAUAAAGCAAGUAUGUUUCCUCUCAUACAACAAUGCUGCUUCCACACACCUUUCAAACUCCAGAAGUUAACCGGUCCCAGACUACUACUGUAUGGAAAGAAUAAGACAACUUGGUCUUCUCUUGGUCUCCGGCUGCAGAGAAAUGUGUGUCCUCUCUCAAGAUCUCCAAGCCGCAACGCAGCAUCAGUAUAUGCAACCAAGAUCCAAGCUUUUCACACCUCCCUCCCCUUCUUCAAGAAGAAAACCCCCAAAGAAUCUGAGACCAAAGACUCUGGCAUCUUGCAACGAAGUAUGGAAUCACUAAAGGAUUCUCCCAAGCCAGCCCUUUACUUAAGCCUCGCAGGGCUAAUUCCAUUUGUUUCUGUGCCACUGUCAAUGGCCAUCCAAGGGACCUACUACCCAGAGCUGGCGUUUGCUCAGAUUACGUAUGGUGCCGUAACAGUCUCUUUCCUAGGAGGAAAGAGGUGGGGGUUUGCUCUCCCGGAAAACAGCCCAGCCAAGCCAGACUGGCUGAACCUGGCUAACAGUACAGUUCCUCCUCUGCUUGCCUGGCAAGCCUUACUUUUUAAAGAUAUCACUCAUGGUGCAAUAAUGCUAGUAAUGGCCUUAGGGAUAGCACUACAUUAUGACCUUUCCCUUCUUCCUACUUAUCCUAGGUGGUUUAAAGUACUCAGGGUAGUGGGAACAGUGGUGAUGGUAUUAUCACUAUUAGCUACUGCAGCAUUGAAGACUAUUUCAGAGGAGCAGCUAAGUAACAGCAGAAAUAAAUGGCAGAACACAAAAUAAUAAAUCAAUAGGAAAAAGCUGUUUAUCUGCCAAUAAGGUAUUUGUAUUGAGUUCCAGGGGAAAUAAAGACUUAUUUAUGCUUAGAAGUCAUAAGAUGGCAGGGAUCAAGAUGCUUAUUCUUGAAGCAAACAACUUGGCUAGUUUAGGAGGGAAGGAUUGUAAAGAGCAAUGACUUUCAAGGCAGGCAUGAGUCUGUCCUUAUCCGCAGAACAAAGCAUCACUCUUGAAGGAGAUGUUAUUGUCAUAUGAAUUUAAAAUGGAGAUUCUAAUGACGUGGGUAUGAAUUGCUCUAUGCUGUAUUAUUAAAAUAUCUGGUUUAACUAAUGUGUGAUAAUGUUCUGUGGUGGGGAGAACAACUGUGUAGUCAUGAACAGUAACAAGGUGAAAGCAGUUCUAGUUUAGUGUUUAAAGAAGCGGCAGAGAAUUAUGCAAAAAGACAUACAUGUUCAAUUCCUACGUUGUGGAACAAAACUCUUCUCUGUCUUAUUUCAGCUGAGAAGGUGCUGAAAAUGCUAUGUGAUUAAGUGCUAGUCAGGUAAGAAAGGAUAGGCAAGGCUUGUUUGCAGUAGCAAGCCAAGGUCGGCACUCACCUAAAAUACGUGUCGUGGUUUAACCCCAGCCGGCAACUAAGCACCGCGCAGCCGCUCCUGCCUCCCCCCUCCCAGUGGGGUGGGGAGGAGGAUCAGGAAAAAAAAAAAAAAGUAAAACUCAAUGGGUUGAGAUAAGAGCGGUUUAAUAACUAAAGUAAAAUAAAACAUAAUACUAACUAAUAAUAAUAAAAAAAAUAAUAAGAGUAAUGAAAAGGAAUAGAACAAAAAAAAGAGAGAAAUAACACCCAAGAAAAACCAAGUGAUGCACAAUGCAAUUGCUCACCACCUGCUGAGCAAUGCCAGAGCAGCGAGCCGCCCCUCCCGGCCGACUCCCCCCAGUUUAUAUACUGAGCAUGAUGUUCUAUGGUAUGGAAUAUCCCUUUGGCUAGUUGAGGUCAGCUGUCCUGGCUCUGCUCCCUCCCAGCUUCUUGCACACCUGCUUGCUGGCAGAGCAUGGGAAACAAAAAAUCC